AUGACUAACAAAGAAUAUUACGGAUAUCGGUCACUGAAAGAUAUAAAUGCAAGGAUGUUGGUGAUGCCUUACGCUGGAGACAAAUUCUGCCUGGUGAUUAUUCUGCCCAAAGCAAUUGACGGAAUCUACGAAGUGGAAGAAAAGAUGUCUAAGACAAAUCUAAUGAAGGAGCUUCAAUUAGUAACGCACCCGGAAGUGGAAGUGUUUUUGCCGCGCUUCAAAAUCGAAAGCAAGCUCGAUCUGACAAACGACCUCAAGAGCCUUGGAAUAGUCUCUCUGUUCGACCCUGAGAUCUCCGAUUUCUCAGGACUGAUCAAAACGAAAGGCCUGUACUUGAACAAAGUCGUGCAGAAAACGGUCAUAGACGUCAACGACGAGAGCGGCUUUCUGGGCCACAGCAUCUUGACGGCGCCGAAGCGCAUUAGCACGGAGCAGCGGAGGUUCAAAGUCGACCACCCGUUUUUGUUUUAUGUUGUGAACACCGAGUGGCAGAACGUGCUGUACGUCGGGAGAUACAAAAUGCCUGAGGGUCCUGGAUGCACCAUGUCGUCAUCUUUCAGCUUCAGGGGGUAG